ACUACACUGAUCCAUCACAAUGGCGGAUGAUACGCGGCAGCCUGACACACCUCCUGCUGAUGCACAACCCCAGUCUGAUGGCCGUCCAUUCACAAGACCCAAACCUAAGCAUGACUUUCCGAAAACCCAGGCUGGAAAAAUGUGGGAAAUGUUGGGCAAUCCUGCGGAGCCCGCAAAUAGCUUGCCCGGAGGAACGUAUAACUCAGCAGGUGGCAAACCUCCCGAGAUAACCUGGAGAGAUGCCUUCAACUUCUCAUACGAAGGAAAGGGUCCCGCGUGGUAUCAGGUACCAUGCGCAAGAGAUGCAUUGCUUGUCGGUAUAGCUUCUGGAGGCGCAGUGGGAGGUGUAAGAUUUAUACUGAGAGGACUCUCUUCCAUGUUGGUCACUACCAACCUGGCAGUCGCUGGAUUUGCUGUCUCGGCCUCCGGCAUGUACUAUUGGUGCGAUCAAAGACGGCGAGAGGAAGCAAGAGGCAUGGCGUUGGCUGUUCAGGGAAUGAGGAUGCUGCAUGAGAAGAAAGCUCGGGAGAAGGCUGCCGAGGAAGCCGCGCGGGCAGCAGCGGCCGCAGAUAUUGAGGAGCAGGAACGGAAACGAAGGAUGCAUUGGUACAAAUUCUGGUGAAGGUAUUGUUUGUUUUGGGAUCAACAGCUCGCGGCGAGCGGCGUUCACAGACAAGGGGAAAACGGAGCCUUGCCGGGCAGCCAACGUGUACAGUAUGAUCGCCAAUGAUGUUUGGUUCAGGGUUCGGAGUUUGGAGAGAACAUCAAUCCUCGCUUAGAUUUGGCAGUCCUCAGCCGUCUUCGAAAUGAACCCGCGCUGCCUUGCGAGGCGAGGACUCGACGGAUAACGCACCAUCGUCUUGGUCAAACCCGCGCUUUCUCCUCUCACUCCUCUGCUGUCUUGCUUCUCGAGCUUCGCGAUUCUUGUAGUCGGACAGUUGUUGUUUCCGCCGUUGCGAUCUUGACCAAGCAACUGCUGCUGAAGGUUUGAACCCG